UGAUCCUCUUGACUUGAGGCAGGAAGUUAAAAUUGAAUGCUAAGCUGUGAGGGUUGGUGGUGGAAAAUCAGUUUGAAAGAAGAGAAGAUGACAGCAGAACAGAGCUGACGCUGACAGGAACAUCUUUUCUUACAGGUCGGACUGGAGUGAUUCUCGCUAAUAAGAAAAGACAAACAUUUGUUUGAAAAUGUUUGGAAACAGUGGACCUUUCUCUUAUGCCCCGAGGGGAUUUACACCAGAUGACCUCCCUCAACAGAGACGAGCUUUCCAGCAAGAUGACUUUAAGGCUUCUUCAUUGCAGAGAAACAUGUCCAGGCCCAGCGGCAAAUCAAUCUAUAUGCAGAGAAAGGAGUACUCAGAGGAGCUGAACAGAAAACCUGACAACCUUCACGUCAGAGUGGAGCACCUGUUCACCUGCGAGCUGGACGGCAAGGAGGUGAAGACGGUGGAAGGCUGCAUGGCCAAACUCAAGAGGCUGGAUGCCAAAGGCCGCAUAUGGUCCCAGGAGAUGAUCAUGGAGGUUCAGGGAGGAUAUCUGCUCCUUAGUGACAUCGAGACAAAAGCCGAACUGGAGGUGCUGCCUUUGAGCUCCAUCCUGAAAACCAAAGCUGUGCUGGACAGCUGCUCCUACAACUCUCUGCUCACGAUAACAGUGCAAGAGCAAAACAAACGCCUCUCUCAGGUCUACAUGUUCCAGUGUGACGAGACUGGGGCGGAGAUCAUCAAGAAUGACCUGGAUAAGGCAGUCCAAAGAGGAGGUGUGGAGCCAGAUGUUAGAGAGCCGUAUAACAUCAGGAGUGAUCUUGAGAACCUAGUUGGGCAACAUGCUCCAGGAAGUUUCCGGCAGGCUGGCCCUCGUCCUGAACAGCGAGAGAGGAGCUCACCUCCACCACCUGACCACCCACCCCCAAUGUGGAGAGAAUCAGAAAUAUUGAUGCCUCCACGGGGCUACAGCUCACCAGAACCAGCGGGCCAACCUGAUUUCCAUGAUUUCCAGAUUAGCCAAGAGGUCCCUUAUUCACCUGCGCAAACAGACGAAGAGAGGAACGUGAACAUUUUAAAUCAUGUCAUAGGUGAUAUAGAGAUCUUUAUGGAAAAGGUUUCUGCUGUAUUAAAUGCACAAUCACAAGAGGACACGAGCAGGAAGAAAAAGGGGUUUAAGAAGAAAAAUGCAGUCAGUAUGCCAUCCUGGGAGGAAUACACAUCUUUUCUACAGAAAAUCAAACAUGGAUUCAAUCUGCUGUGCCAGCUGGACGGGAUACUGACCAGUCCCACUGCUCCUGACUUUGUCCACAUAUUCUUCAACAUUUUAGGCAUGAUAGUUCCUCAGUAUCCUGUAGACCUGCCUCCCACUGUUCUGUCUCCCCUGCUGACGGUGUCAACCCUGCGUCUGCUAAGUCAGGUGGUCAGCCUGGAGGAGGACAACCUGUGGAGGUCUCUGGGAGACCCCUGGAACAUCCCAAGCUCUCGAUGGCCGGAUGAUGUCCCAGUUUACAUCCCAGAGUUCUACGAUGGCUGGCAGCCGCCUCCCCCCUCACACAAGUCAUCCCGACUCCCUUAUCAGAACAGGAGCAACGACCAGCGCUUCUCACCUGACUCUCUUGUACGGGAAGAGCCCAUGUCCAACGGUCAAUGGAGGUCACCACCACCACCACCACAACCACGCCCCACUGAGCCUCCUCUUUAUAUGCGGGUUAUUUAUAACUUCAUGGCCAGAAGCAACCAAGAGCUGAGCAUCAUGAAGGGUGAGGUGGUGCAGGUUGUUCAGAAAUCAAAGCAAUGGUGGCUUGUUCGUAACUCCCAAAAUGAGGAGGGCAAUGUUCCUCAAAAUGUUCUUGAGGCGAUUAAAAGUGGUGGGCCCACAGAAGAUCUAGAUCGGGACACUCGCAGUGCAUUGAGUCUGGACCUGACUUCCAGACCUGCACAGGUCAGAGCCUGGCUGGAAAACAAAGGUUUCUCCAAAAUCACUGUGAACAGCCUCGGGGUGCUGACUGGUCAGCUGCUUCUUGGGAUGACCAAAAAUGAGAUAAGGACAGUUUGUCCAGAGGAAGGAGGAAAGGUUUUCUUCCACCUUCAAGCUGUUAAGUCAGCCAUUGCACUCGCCAGUGAGCCAUCAGGCCCGUACAACGGUCAAUACUACUAAAAAACCUGCAGCACUCACUGCACCUUCAAUUUUGUCCUGAAAUUUUAACCACAAACUAUUGGUGUCUAAUUCUUUAAUGUCAGGAUUUAUCAUAAUUACUAUGUGGAUGGCUGCUUUAAGCAUCAUUUUAUUUAAGGGAAACAACUUUGUGAAUAAAACCUCUUUUUCUGGGGUUUGGACUAUUUAUCCCCUCCAGCAAUAAUUGUAAGUUACACUGCAACUUAUUUGAAUCAUUAUUUACGCCUUGGUGUAUUAUGUGUAUUUAUCCCAGAUGUGAUUCAACUUAUCUCUUGUAAAUCAAUCUAGUACAAUACUUGGUCUACAAUAAAAAACUAUUUGAUUCUCAUGCCUUCAUAAACAAA